CCUCCGCCUUCCCGCCCCCGCCUGCCGAGGCUGGGCUGCGGGAGGCGGCCGGGCGGCCCCGAGCCUCGCUAGGGCGACCAAAACAAAGGCAGCAUCCGGGGCUGGGUGGAUGCAAACAACCAUGAAAGACUGGGUUCUCGCUCUCCCGGGCUCUGCUGCUGCUGCUGCUGCUGCCGCCGCCGCCGCCGCCGCUGCUCCUCCUCCUGCCGCCGCCGAGAGGGCUCCGCUGUGAGGGGAAGCAGGGGCGCAGCUGCUGGGCGUGCAUCCGAAAGGUGAGAGCCGGAGAGCGAGCGGAGGGGGCGGGCAGGCCAUGAAAAUGUCCUCGGCCGUGGGGCCCCGUGGUCCUCGCCCACCCACGGUGCCUCCCCCCAUGCAAGAGCUGCCCGACCUGAGCCACCUUACCGAGGAGGAGAGGAACAUUAUCAUGGCAGUUAUGGACCGGCAGAAGGAAGAGGAGGAAAAAGAAGAAGCCAUGCUCAAGUGUGUUGUCAGGGACAUGGCGAAGCCUGCUGCCUGCAAAACACCAAGAAAUGCUGAAAACCAGCCCCACCAACCUACACCGAGAUUGCAUCAACAGUUUGAAAGCUAUAAGGAACAAGUGAGAAAAAUAGGGGAAGAAGCACGGCGUUACCAGGGCGAGCACAAAGAUGAUGCUCCAACCUGUGGAAUCUGUCAUAAAACAAAGUUUGCUGAUGGGUGCGGCCAUCUUUGCUCCUACUGUCGCACCAAGUUCUGUGCACGCUGCGGAGGCCGUGUGUCUCUACGGUCGAGCAACGAGGACAAAGUGGUUAGAAUACAUACCUUCUUUUCUAUCAUUUGUUAUUGUAUUGUUGUCAACUUUAUUAAGUGAAUGUUGCACCUAGUGUUGUAGAUAACUAUAUUUUACAAAGAAAUUGUAUACAAAGAAGAGCUCAUAUCCAGUUAUCAUGAAAACAAUGAACAUUUAGGAGAAUUACAGAAUUUGAUAUUAAUAGAUAAAGUCUGGAUAAUUUGAGUUCAUGAUGACAGUGAAACUUUAAUAUAAUUUAUAUCACUGAAAGCUCAUUCAUCUGCUUAACUCUGAGUUUUGAUGACAUCUGCUUUCAGAAACAAUAAAUUCUAAUGGGCUCUACCUUUUUCAGCAUGCAAAGGCAGAUAAUUUGAAACUUUAUUGCAGAAGGAAUGGAAUACACUUAGUAGAGAGAAUGGAUCAAUUCAAGUAAAGAGGCCAAAGUAUAAUUAUUUUUCUAUAGAACACAAGUAGUGGAGUUGUCAUAUUGAACCACAUUUUGCCUUUAUCUUCUCCCAUGCAUAUGAAUAACUUCUUAGAAAAGUAAAAGGUCACUUUUAACUCUUAUCAACUGUAGAAACCACAAAGGCUUUUUGUGCCUGGGAAGAUAGGCUCCAAGUAGAAUCUUUAGUCAGCCUUUCCUUUGUAUACAUACCAUACACCUUCAUUUGGUAUAAAUUACAACUUCCUCACAGCUCAUUAAUCUACCAAUAUGAGACUGAAACAAUGAGUCUUUCAGGUUCAAUAUAUCAACUGAGCUGCCUUUGUUCAAAAAUUUUAAAGCUUAUAUGUAACACUGCAGUGCAUAAUUAGCAAGCGUGACGUUAAAUUGAACAUUAAUCUGUGUUUUUAAACUUAUGCUAGUAUAUUUUCAUUGAUUUUUUUCCUAUGGCAAAGAAAUAGAGUCGAAAAAUUAUAUAGGAUAAUCUAUUUUUGCUAUUUAUUUUUGCCUGUACCAUUGAUUGUAUGUGGAAUAAUUGUAGGGGCUAUUACUAUAAUGCCAAUUUCAUCAACAUUAUUACUUUUGAUGAGUCUACAGUCAAAACAUGAAUAAUUUUAAGUUCCUUUAAAGAGUAAAGUAUAAGUAAAUAAUGCUGAUGUUUAGGCAGAUUUGAUGAUAAGAUUUAAACUACUCUCCUGUAGGGCUGGCCAGACUCACUGUCCCUUUGACAGCACUUCCAAUAAUGGUAGAUUAUUUGUGAUUAUUAUGAUUAUAGUAUAAUGAGAAUACAGGUGGAUUUUGUGGACUCAAACCAAAAGUAGAGUGGAAAGACCUGUAAAAUAUAAUCACUCAAUUAUUUUCUUCACUUUGGUUAGAAUGCAUAUAUCUAUCACAUUAUUUUUAAGUGCUGUAUCAUAAUUUCUUUAAAACCCAUUUUAGCCUAUCGAAGCAGUUCAAUGAAUGGCCUUUCUAGUCAAGGGAAACUGAAGCCACAUUUUGUCUUAGCCAUGCCAAAGAGAAUAACUGACUAUUAAAUGAAAUACUUCAUUGCCAGUUCUUUCCCUAUUCCUCUGAGCUGUUUUAUUUUUAGUAGAGAAAUAAUAAUUUACAUGUGUGUGGUAUUGGUAUGGGUAGAAAGGGAAGGGAGAUAAGAGUGAAUAAAACUUUUCUAAAAGUAAUCUUCAUCUUGAUCAAUAUAAUAAUAAUGAAUUCUACUUGAUCUGUUAAAUUGGUGAAGAAAUGUGAUUAAA